AUGCGUUUUAAAGCAGGAAAACGGUACGAAUACAUCUACUUGAUAGAGCCGUAUUGGGAUCCAAAGCGACAAGAGCAAUUAGAACGCUGCUUAAAGAUACGCGAUGCAGCCUCCAGAAUUCUCUCAAUCGCCCAGAACCCCUUGCAACAGUUGGAGGCAGCUAAAACUCUUUUAGUCAGCAAUGCUCAGUUGUUAACUUGCCUACGUGAACUCCAACGUGAUAGAGUUAUUGAGGUGACCAAAAGCUUCCAUGAAUGUCGCAACUCUUCGAAUACACACUUCAACUUUCGUCAACCUGCCACAACUGACUGGGCGAACAACUUUGCACAGGACGGUAAAGCCAGACUUUGCCUAUCUAGUACGUUUUGGCUGUCUCAGAAUUUUGCACUUUAUGCGGGUUAUAAUUCAGCAAAGCUUGUGAUGUCAGCUUAUUGA